CCUAAGUCGUGCGCAUGCGUACACAACACAAACUAGCCCCGAAGAACCACCUCGCGUCGGACGAUGGCGUCGGAGAAAACGACGAAAUCUCUAAAGUUGUCGCAGUUGUCGCUGCAGCAACUGGACAGGUUCAAAGCACAGCUGAACGAGGAGGUGAGCAUUCUGACGUCUUCCAUGCAGUCCUUGAAGACAGUUCAACUGAAACUGAAAGAGUCUAAAGAAUCACUAGAUAGCGUAAAUGAUAAGAGCGAAGGAAAGCCUAUUCUUGUUCCCCUAACAAGUUCUAUGUACGUACCAGGCAAGCUCAAAGACACCAGUAAGGUUCUGGUUGACGUGGGGACCGGAUUCUACAUUGAAAAGAAUGUGCCAGGUGCACAGGACUACUUCCAGAGACGGAUUGAUUUCAUCACAAGAAAUAUAGAAGAAGUGCAAAAGAAUCUUCAAGAAAAGCACAUGAUCAGGGAAAAUGUAGUGAGUAUGAUGCAGACAAAGUUACAGGCUCAGAUGCAAGCAAUGAGAGUGGCUAAAUAACACCCACAAACAACAGAUCAUGCAGUUCUCUCAAAAUGUGAUCCUCAAACCAUUUGGCACGUGUGUAUAUACUGCUAUUGAUCACAACUUUUGUUUAUUGCACACUCACAACUAAUUAUUAUCAUCGAAAAAAGUAAUCUAUAUAAUAAGUAUGCGAUGAAGCACAAACAUCAAGUGUAUAUAACAGAAAGAGGUUAGGCUUUAAUGGACGCAAGACUGACAGAAAUAACACAUUAAGCAGUCAUAGGUCCAUUGGUUUAGCUUCCAUAUAGUGAGUUGGCGACUCCAGAAACUUGUCCCAGUCUCUGGGCAUCUGAAACACUUCGACUUCCACCCACUCUUCGUACUUCUCCUUCCACGCCUUGCUCAGCGGAACGUGCUUGCCCAGGACACUGAGGUAGUUUUGACUCAUGGGGGAGAGUUUUCCGCCAAACGGAUCGGUUAGCGACGGGGGAUCGGGGGAAUAGUAAGUCGUAUUGAAGUACUCGAUGCUCGCUUUCAAGGCAAAUUCCUGCUGCUGAAAGUCCCACGGUCUCGCGUCCAGGUCGUUUCCGUACGCCCAGUCGUCGUGGAGAUGAUGUCGUACGCGUCGGUAGAUUGCCGAGAUGGUCUUCAUGUUCGAUCGACGCCAGUUUCUUCCGAGGUACUUUGUCUGGACUUUGAGCAGCUUCAGAAUGUACAGCUGCAUCAUGGGGUGACGUACUUUCAGCGCUCGCUUGAGAAUGGGCGCCGAGCGGAACACGACCAGCAUGACGGUCCGAAAAUGCUUCCACUUUGUCAACUUUUGCAGUAUUCGGACGAGGUUGAUGCAGGAGAAGAGAUUGCGCCAGCAGAACCCCGAGUCGGUCGUGGUACUCUCGGAGACCUCCAGCGUGACCUCCCCGUCUUGCGGUAGGAGGACGCACGUCGGGAAAUUGAGCGACGGGAAGUUGUUGCGCGCCGAGAUGUACUGCAUCAUGUUCUGAUUGAAGAACUUCAGGACGAGUGGGAUGCAGUUGGCAAACACAAGGUGCUGGCUCAUGUACUCAAACUGGUAGAUGUGGUUCACUUUGAAGUGCUUCAGGAGCAGUAGAAGCGUUGCCGAAAUAGCCUUGACUAUGAUCUCCUUGUGGCGGUUGACGUCAAACGUGACUUGUGUAGUCUCCACUAUGUUGGUGGGCGCUUCCGGUGGGAGCACGUCGCCCAGAAUGUUGAGGGAAUCGUUGCGGGCACGCGAAGUCGGGGCCGCUGCGAGUAGAACUUUGAGCAGUGCUAUCAUGUACUGCGGGAGGUUUGGGAGAAGGACCUUGUACAGACUCUCCGUGGGGUUGUCCCUCUUCGUUAAGCUCGUCACCCCACAGUCCUCGGUCUUGUCCUCCGCCGCGGGUUUCCCCGUCGGAAGAGCGCACGCUUGUGCCUUCUUUGCCGUUUCUUCCUCGGCAAUCUGAAUGUCGGAGAGAGGGACGUAUACGUGCUGUUGCAGAACUCGAAUGCUCUCUUGGAUUGGCUCGGGAAGGCCAACAAGUUCGUUCCCUCCCUCUCCCGUCUCGAAGCAGCCGUAUUUCGAACGGCAAGACUCGACGUAUGCCUCCACGUCCUUGCUCCGUGCCUUUGGACGAAAGUCCAGCCCCUUCCCCCCGCUGAUACUGAUGUCUCCAACACUGUCCGUGUCACUCACCUGCGAAAUACCACGAUUGAUUCGGGCGGCGGCCCCGUCAAUCAGCCCCCGGGGGUCGAAGGCAGGGGUCGGGAGAAUCAGAGGUCGCGAGGGUCGCACCUCGGGAAACUCGGCUGGCAAACCGACGACCUCUCUCCGUUGCUUCUUAAUCUCCUGCAGGUCCUCCAGCCCACCCAUCAUGGCAAGAAUGGUUUUCCAGAUGAGCAAGAGGAUCCGCUUGAUCGGAUAAUGGG